AUGGCGUUCGCUUUCAGAUCCGACGUCCUCCCCGACGUCGGCUCGGGCGCUCUCGCGGCCGUCGAUAUCACCGCAUUGAUCGACGCGUUCGCGGGACUCGACGCCGAGGUCGUGCGCGACGUCGCGAGGCAAUGCGAAGGCGUCAAAGAUGCAAUCGCUUUAUUGCGCGGACUGUGUCCAGAACGGCCUCCCGUCGCGCACGACGUCGCGCACGGGCACGCGUUCGGUGACGUUCUCCCCGACGACGUUCGCGAUGUGAUAUUUAAGUCACUGAGCGCGAGGGACGCCGCGGUGCUGGCGUGCACGUGCAAAGAGUUCAGAGCGCUCGUGGCGUCGUGGCGACGCGACGCGCGAAGAAUCGCGCCGCCCGCGAAUGCGCGCGCGCGAACGACGAUUGAGACGUUCGCCUCGGAUGUAGUUCGCCUGGGAGGGAUGAUUCGUGCGUAUCCGAACGUUAGCGCUGUGAGCUUUCGAAAGAUGGGCGAGACGCUGAAGCCACCGGCGGAUAGCGCCGAAGACGACUGGGAACGUUUGUCGAAUGUUUUGACCGCCGUCGCGGCAAAUAACGCGUCACAGUCGAUCGAGUCGAUAGACUUCGAGGGAUGCGGGGAGUGGUUGAGCGAGUACGGAGUGGUGGCGAUCGCGGAGCGGUGUCGAGAGAUUUUUCCCGCGUUAACGUCCAUCGCGUGGACUCGCGCUCGAGCGCUCAGAUCGAGUGGUCUGUCUCGAGCUUUGGCACCUUAUGGGGACACCCUUCGCGAACUCAAACUCGUGGGAUGUGUGUCUCUGGACGAAGAAGCAAUUUACGGCGCCCUGGAUGUCGCGCGAUGUUUGCGCGUGUUGGAUGUGACGGGUUGUUCGGGCGUCAAACGACUCGUCCUCGGCGCACACGUCGCUACGCGACUCGAACGCCUGAAAGCGGUCAACUGUAAGUCAAUGACGAAUUUUUCAAUUCGUCGGACCUCUGAUUCGAGCGCGUUGAACGCCGUAAACGUCGCCGACUGCGGCUCGUUGCGAGAGCUGCAAGUGCAAUCCGGCUCCGUGGAGACGAUAAGCGCGGCGGGAUGCAAGGCGCUGGAGACCUUCAACGCGUACGCGCCAAAGUGUGAGACGUUGCUGAUGAAUAAAUGUGCCAGUCUGCGAGCUGUGACGGAAGAGAUGAACACCGUUCGUUCGAAGUUACCCGCGGUCAAGACGCUCAAGCUCGAUAGUUGUAAAGUGCUGACGUCGAGUGGCUUUGCCGACAUCCUUAAUAUGUGCGGCGGCUCGCUUGUCGAGCUCAGCGCGGAGGGGUGCUUCAGCAUCGAGCGUGCAUUUAUUUCGUCGCCACAUCUUGUGCGAUGUGCGCUGAGUGGGUGUCCCGCGCUGCAAGUCGCGCGUAUCUCUAGCGCAAACUGCCGAGAGUUCGUGGCUCGAGCGUGCAAAACGCUCACGGAGGUGCGAUUCGAGUCGGGAACGUACGAUCUUGGGACUUUUGACGUGCGAAAUUCCGGGACGUUGAAGCGAGUCGUUGGCGUCAGGCGGCAUCGUGUUCGAAAUUUGGACGUUGACGGGUGUGGGUCGUCGCUCGAGUUCAUUUAG